CUUAUCUCACCCUCCUUGGUCAUGAAAAGUGAAUGGAUACAUUACUGCUUACGUGACAAGAGAUCGUUUGCAGAAAUUUUUACCGGAACAAAAAAAGUAAAUCACACCUGUAUAAUUUUUGUUGCAUUUUACUCUGAUAAUUUUCCGGACGCGAAACUGAGUCAAGUGGUGAAUUCGAUUCGUGUUGUUGGUCUGGCCCUUCAGGCACUUUACAAUGAUCGUUGUCCGGAGAAUUCAACGUUGUGCACGGAGAUGUUCGCGCUGAAUGGUACAUUGCUGUACAAGUACAUGCUGAAUGUCACCUUUGUGGAUCAGUUUAAUCAGGAAAUGUAUUUUGACGCCAAUGGUGAUCCACCUGCGUGGUAUGACGUGCUGAAUUAUGUCGGCGGUGAAGAAGGUUUCCGAAUGGUUGGCGAAUACCGGAAAAAACGUUUAGGAAAAUAUCGAUUAAAGAUAACGGAGAGCGAUAUUAUGUUCUUUGACAAAACGAAUCGAAUUCCGGAAAAAGAGAAACAACGGCAUGCUGUUGGAUUUGUGAGGACUGCUUGCCUCAUCAAAUUGUCAACAAUACGAAAAAUAUAUGUCAGAAUUGUACACUGGGCUGGUGGCCAACUGAAGAUCGAACCAGUAAGCACUGCUUGA